CCAACUCAUUUGUCAGUCAACUGUGAACCACCGCAGAGCUACAACCUUACCAUUUCGCGAUGGAAAACAGGAACAAGCUAUUCCUGUUGCUGAUGGUGCUGCAAUGUUUGCUCGUCGGCACCGGGGCAAACCCAACCGGUUCUAAGCAAUCCUUCUUCGGUCGGCAUCCGGCCCAGUGUGGCUAUGAGGGUUGCCCGAGGGUGAAGGAAAACAUGCUGAAUGUGCACCUGGUUGCUCAUACGCACGAUGACGUUGGGUGGCUUAAAACUGUUGACCAAUACUACUACGGAAGUAGAAGUAGCAUUCAGAAGGCGGGCGUCCAGUACAUCCUCGAUUCAGUCAUACAAGAGCUGCUGAAGGACGUCACGCGUAGGUUCAUCUUUGUGGAAUCUGCUUUCAUGCAAAAAUGGUACCUGGAGCAGACCGAGGAGAUGCGAGAAACCGUGAAGAAUCUAGUUAAUGAAGGACGACUAGAAUUCAUCGGUGGUGCGUGGAGCAUGAACGAUGAAGCCUCGGUGCAUUAUCAGAGUGUUAUCGAUCAGUUUACCUGGGGGUUACGGUUUUUGAACGAUACCUUCGGAGAGUGUGGACGUCCGAAGGCAGGCUGGCAGAUUGAUCCGUUCGGUCAUUCUCGCGAGCAAGGCUCACUGUUCGUUCAGAUGGGUUAUGAUGGAUUGUUCCAGGGACGGUUAGAUUUUCAGGACAAGAGCAACCGGAUCGCUCAGCAAACGAUGGAGAUGAUGUGGAAAACGAGCGAUAGUCUGGAGAAUAGUGAGCUGUUCACUAGUGGACUGUACUACAUCUAUGCUCCACCGCCUGGUUUUUGCUUUGAUGUGCUGUGCAACGAUGAUCCGUUCAUUGAUGGGCCUUACUCGAAGGAUAACAACGUCAAGGAGAAGGUGGAUCUAUUUCUGGACACUGUCCACAACAUGUCAAAAACGUUCUUGACGAACAACAUCAUCCUAACGAUGGGUGAAGAUUUCCAUUACCAGGAUGCCAACAUGUGGUUCAAGAAUUUAGACAAACUGAUCAGGUACACAAACGCACGUCAAGCGGAAGGAUCACUGGUGAAUGUGUUCUAUUCUACUCCUUCCUGCUAUCUGAAGGCAGUUCAUGAUGCACAGGUUGAGUGGCCCACCAAGUCUGACGAUUUCUUCCCGUACGCUUCCGAUCCUACUGCCUUCUGGACCGGUUACUUCACCUCUCGACCCACCCAGAAGCGUUACGAGCGCGAGGGAAACCAUUUCCUGCAGGUAUGCAAACAACUGUCGGCCAUUGCUCCAACGAAGGAAGACUAUUACGAGGCGCAUCUAACUGCCCUGCGUGAUGUGAUGGGAGUGAUGCAGCAUCAUGACGCGAUCACCGGUACUGAGAAGCAACAUGUAGCGGACGACUAUGCUCGCAUGCUGUACGAAGGAUUUGAGGCUUGCAGUGCCAAUAUCCGAUCGGUUCUGAAUCAACUGUCUGGAUAUCGCGAGGACGGCAAGUUCGAUUGGAGCUACUGUAAGCAGGCAAACAUCAGUGCUUGUGCAACGACCGAGAAUGCGGACAAUACGGUGGUGUUGUUGUACAAUCCUCUCGGAUACGGCUCGAACGACUAUGUACGACUGCCGGUAAAGGAUGGUCAGUAUUCGGUACUAAACGAUCGCGGACAGACGGUUCCAUCAACGUUGGUUCCGAUCCCGAGCUCUGUGAUCGAACUUCCGUUCCGCGAAAGCGAGGCUACUCAUGAACUUGUGUUCCAGGGUGAGCAAGUCCCUCCAGUAGGCUACAAGACGUACUAUGUCUCCAAGGAGGAGUCUCGGGACUCGUCCUCUGCAGAAAUGCGCCAGGAGGAUAAUGUGAGCAUUGGAAACGAGCAUGUUUCGGUCAAUUUCGAUGAGAACGGAUUAAUGAGCUCGAUCACUGUUCACGGAGAGACGCACUCCCUCAAGCAAAACUUCUUGUACUACGAUGGAGCUCUUGGAAACAAUGAGGAGUUCCGCAACCGAUCUUCCGGAGCGUACAUCUUCCGGCCAAACGGAACCGAAAAGACCGUAACGGAUGUGGUUGAGAUUCAGGUGGUGAAGAGCGACCUUGUCCAGGAAAUGCAUCAGAUAUUCAACGAGUGGAUCAGUCAGGUGAUUCGAGUGUAUGCAGGCCAGGAGCACGUUGAGUUGGAAUGGUUGGUAGGACCAAUCCCGAUCGAUGAUGGUGUAGGCAAGGAAAUCAUAUCUCGAUUUGAGUCAGACAUCAAGAGCGAUGGUGUGUUCUGGACGGACUCAAACGGACGAGAAAUGCUUCGUCGGGUCCGAAACCACCGCGAAACAUGGGAGCUAGAUUUGGCAGAACCGAUCCCUGGUAACUACUAUCCAGUGACAACCAAAAUCGUCAUUGAAGAUGAACAUAAGCGCCUGAGCUUGCUGAACGAUCGUGCCCAGGGUGGAUCCAGCCUGGUUGAUGGUCAGCUCGAACUUAUGGUACAUCGUCGGCUACUUCGAGAUGAUCGGUUCGGUGUUGGAGAAGCUCUGAAUGAAACUCAAUUUAAUACCGGCCUUAUUGCACGAGGAAAGCACUACCUAGUGUUUGGUUCUUCACACAUUGGCUCUACUCCAACACAAGCGGCCAAAGAACGGUUCCUGCAGAACAAGGUCCAUCUACCAUCGUGGGUAUUUGUGGCCCCAUCGGAUGACUUCCCUUACGAUCAGGAUCGUAAUGACUUUAGGCACAGCUUCACAUUCCUGGCCACUUCUUUGCCUCCCAACGUCCAUCUGCUUACGAUGGAACCUUGGAAAGAGGAUGGCGUUUUGGUACGAUUUGAACAUUUGUUCGCAGUGAACGAGGAUCCACAGCAUUCGCUGCCGGUGCAGAUCGAUCUGCAGGGUUUGUUUGCUGAUGUAAAUGUUGUUAGUCUGCGUGAAACUACCCUGGCGGGUAAUCAGUGGAAAGAGGACUCAAAGCGUAUGAGCUAUGGACUAGGACGAAAAGAACAAAUCGAAACGCCACAGAAAAAUAAUAACGAUCAAUUCCUGAUCGAACUGAAACCGAUGGAGAUCAGAACUUUUGUAGCUCAUUUUGCGAGGAAAUGAGGAACUUAAAACAGUUAGUAUCGAGUGUUAGUGUCAAGAAAAAUGUUGUUCAAAUAAGUCAAUAAAAAUAAUGCCUUAUCGUAUGCAAUGAGUUAUGUUAUUUUAGGACGUUAGCAAAAGUUUGUUUAAAAAGGUUAAUGAUCUUCUUAAAAAUUGCACUUGACUGUAAAAAAAAGUUUAUUUAAAUGAUAUACUUAUGCAGAAGUCUAUUUACGCAUGAAGGGGUUCAUCCAGGUGUUCAUUUCAAUUUAGAUAAUUGAACUCUAAUUUUAGCUGCGUAAAAGGUCUUCAUCCUUUGCAACAUCAAAAUAAAAAUCUUUAUUAUGCAUUCAAGAUAAGGAUAACUCAUAUAAUUAUAGAA